AUUCCUAACACAUGUUCCAAAACUCAUCUUAUGUGUCCGAGGCGAAGGAUUUAGACCGGAACGACGGAUAUAUCCGGUCGAAGUAUUUACGUAUUUCCUAUCCGGAGAAAACCCCAAAACCCUAGAAUUUCCGAUUUCUGAAACCCACUGUCCUCGCCUUUUCCUCGAACAGGUGAGCUUGAGAUUGCGAACUUGACCAAAUUAUGGACUUUGACGAGUAUGAUUACUUGGAGAAGACAGUGGAGGAGCAGGGAGAUCAAGAUUUGACGAAGAGCAAGGAGAAAAACGACAAGAGUGAGAGGGCUUACCGGAAGCGUGACGUCGAUGAUGAUGUCGACGGCGAAGACAAGAAGAGCAAGAGGUCCAGGGGCGAUGACGAGAAUGGGUCGAGGAAAGAUCGUGAGGACCGCGAGAGAGAACGGUCUAGUCGAGAAAAGGAGCGGCAUAGGAGUAGCAGAGACAGAGAGAGGGACGGCGAUAGGGAGCGAGAAAGGAGGACCAGCAGGGAAAGAGAUAGGGAGAAAGACAGAGACAAGGAGAGGGAAAGAGAGAGAAGGGAUAAAGAGAGAGAGAAGGAGAAAAGAGAGAAAGAUAGGGAGAGGGAAAAGGAACGGGAGAGAAGGGAGAGAGAUAGGGAGAGGGAAAGGGAGAAAGAGAGGGAGGAGAGAGAGAGGUCCAGGCGAAGCAGAAGUCGUUCUGAACGAGAUAGAGAAAGAGAACGGGAAUUGGAGACUAGAGAUAGCCGGAGGUUUAGGGAUAAGAAAGAGGCUGUGGAACCUGAGGCAGACCCAGAAAGGGAUCAGAGAACUGUUUUUGCAUACCAGAUGCCUCUAAAAGCAACAGAGAGAGAUGUUUAUGAAUUCUUCUCGAAAGCUGGCAAGGUGAGGGAUGUUCGUUUGAUCAUGGAUAGGAAUUCAAGGCGGUCUAAAGGAGUUGGGUACAUUGAAUUUUAUGAUGUGAUGUCAGUGCCAAUGGCAAUUGCCCUGUCCGGCCAACUGCUUCUGGGACAACCUGUGAUGGUCAAACCUUCAGAGGCUGAAAAGAACCUGGUUCAGUCUAAUACUACCAGUGGAGGUGCAGGGGUAGCAGGACCAUAUGGAGCAGUGGACAGGAAACUUUAUGUGGGGAACCUUCACUUUAACAUGACUGAGGGUCAGCUGAGGGAGAUUUUUGAGCCGUUUGGUCCAGUGGAGCUUGUUCAGCUACCCCUUGACAUGGAGACCGGACACUGCAAGGGUUUUGGCUUUGUGCAAUUUGCUAAUCUCGAACAUGCCAAGGCAGCUCAGAGUUUGAAUGGGAAAUUAGAGAUUGCUGGUAGGACUAUCAAGGUUUCAUCGGUUACAGAUCAUGUUGGAGGCCAAGAUACAACUGCAAAAUCUGCUGAUUUGGAUGAUGAUGAAGGUGGAUUGUCUUUGAAUGCUCAAUCUAGAGCGAUGCUUAUGGCAAAGUUGGACCGCUCUGGUAUUGCCACAAGCAUUGCAGGGUCUAUUGGUGGAGUGCCUCUUGUGAAUGGCUCAGCCCCUGCCCAGCAGGCUAUUAGUUUGCCAGCUGGGGGUCCAGGUAUGGUACCUGCGUCAGCUCUCCCAACAGCCAUUAUGCCUGCCCCAGGAGCAGAGCCAGUUGGAACCCCCAGCGAGUGUUUGCUGUUGAAGAAUAUGUUUGAUCCAACCAGUGAGACGGAACCAGAUUUUGACGAGGAUAUUAAAGAGGAUGUAGCAGAAGAAUGUUCUAAAUUUGGUCGGGUGAAGCAUAUUUAUGUUGACAAAAAUAGUGCAGGUUUUGUGUAUCUACGGUUUGAAACAGUGCAAGCAGCUAGUGGUGCUCAACAGGCAAUGCACAUGAGAUGGUUUGCCCGCAGGUUGAUUUCAGCGGUGUUCAUGCAACCUCAGGUAUAUGAAGCGAAGUUUAAAGGAGAAGCUUGAACAAGUGCUCGACAUUUUCUUACCUAAGCUUGAACAAGUGCUCGACAUUUUCUUACCUAGCAGAGUACUCACAAAUUUGAGUUAUAGUUUUGGUAGACUGACUCAUGAAUUGUAUUUGAUGUAGCAAAUUAUGAUUUCUGUUGGCCAAGUAAAGAAUCAAUUGUGUUAUCUGCUGGUGAUAUUAAGAAUCGUUUUGGCAUAUUCAAUCUGUGUAAUUUCACUA